UGUUCGUUAUUGGAACAGUCGUAAAACUUCCAUACUCAGCAUUAUAUUUGAAAAAAAAUAUAAAAAUCAUGGUUAAAGUUUUAGCUGUAGUGACAUUAUUGGCGAUAAGCAUUAGCUGCGUUUUGAGUUUGGAUGUUUGCGAACAUCAGAUUGAUGGCGCAAGAAUACUUUAUCCAACUGAUUGUUCUAAAUAUGUUGUAUGUAGAUUUGGUAAAACUUAUGCUAUAGAAAAAUGUGCCCGCGGAAAGCAUUUUAAUCGAUUGACUUCGCAAUGUGAUGAAGCAACCAAGGCUGCUUGUGAGGUUGCUGUGGUUAGGAGUUAUAGUCUUGAUAGCGUUGAUUGUGACAGUUGUCGUACAGCAUGUGGAUGUUUGACAGAAUCUGACUGUCCAGCAACACCAGCUCCAGCUACUCCUGCACCAGCAACACCAGCUCCAGCUACUCCUGCACCAGCAACACCAGCUCCAGCUACUCCAGCACCAGCCACUCCAGCACCUGCCACUCCUGCACCGGCAACACCAGCUCCAGCUACUCCAGCACCGGCAACACCAGCUCCAGCCACUCCAGCUCCGGCAACACCAGCUCCAGCCACUCCAGCACCAGAUACUCCAGCACCAGCAACUCCUGCACCAGCUACUCCAGCACCACCUUCUAACUCACCUUGUUCCAAUAACUUGACAAUCUGUGUAGGACAACCCGAUAAUAGUUCUGUUUAUGUGAACCAAACUUGCAGUCAAUAUGCAGUUUGCAUUUCACAAUGUGCCAUUGUCUUGUCCUGUCCAAACAAUCUGCUAUACGAUAUUGCAACUAACUCCUGUAACUAUCCACAAAAUGUAAAUUGUCCCUAUCCUCAUCCUGCACCAAGUGGUCCUUCGGCUGGACCAUCAGGUACCACAUGUGAACAGCAUGGUAAAUGCGAAAAUCAACCGGAUGGCACACAAUUCGCUGAUGAUGCUUCAAAUGGUUAUAUUGUCUGUCAAUGUGAAUGCGAAAUAAUUCGGCCUUGUCCAGCUACUUUGGUCUACAAUGAAAAACUUAAAGUUUGCGAUUAUCCAUCGGAAAAUUAAAAAUUAAUGAAAUAUCAUUGUAAAACUUUUAAAAAUAAGUUUUAUAGUGGGACCGUCUAUAUUUGAAAAGUGCUAACCUAAUAAAGUGUAGUUUUCGGGAAAGCAAAAA